AUGAGUGCAUCAUGGGCAGAUGCGGCUGAUUCAGAGAAGGCCGGUUCCAAGUCAAAACCUGCUUACGUUCCCCCACAUCUACGCAACAGGCCAUCAGAACCCGUCGCUCCUUUGCCAGAAAAUAACCGUCCAGGGUAUGGUGCUCAACCGGCUGGCUCUCGAUGGGCUCCUGGCGGUGGUGCUGGUGGUGGUGGCUACAGGACUGAUGCUGGGCGUCCCGGAUAUGGUUACAGUGGAGGAGGAGGAGGAGGUGGUGGUGGUGGCUGGAACAACAGGAGUGGAGGGUGGGACCGUAAGGAACGUGAAGUGAAUCCCUUUGGAGCUGAUGUUGAUCUAGAGCCCGUCUUUACCGAGCAGGAGAACACAGGGAUUAAUUUCGAUGCCUAUGAAGAUAUUCCAAUUGAGACCAGUGGGGGAGACGUGCCUCCUCCUGUCAACACAUUUGCAGACAUUGAUCUUGGGGAUGCGUUGAAUCUGAACAUCCGGAGGUGCAAGUACGUGAAGCCAACACCCGUGCAGCGUCAUGCGAUUCCGAUACUGCUUGGACAGAGGGAUUUGAUGGCCUGUGCUCAGACAGGGUCUGGGAAGACGGCUGCUUUUUGCUUUCCAAUAAUUAGUGGAAUCAUGAGAGAUCAGCAUUUAAAUGAGAGACCCCGUGGCUCACGGACUGUUUACCCUCUUGCUGUCAUCCUCUCACCAACAAGGGAGUUGGCAUGCCAGAUACAUGAUGAAGCCAAAAAGUUCUCGUACCAAACUGGUGUGAAAGUGGUUGUUGCUUAUGGAGGAACACCUAUUGGCCAGCAGCUCAAGGAACUCGAGAGGGGAGUUGAUAUCCUUGUGGCAACUCCUGGCCGGUUAAAUGAUUUGCUAGAGAGAGCUAGAGUCUCAAUGCAGAUGAUUAAAUUUUUAGCUCUUGAUGAGGCGGACAGGAUGCUGGACAUGGGUUUUGAACCACAAAUUAGAAAGAUUGUUGAACAGAUGGACAUGCCUCCUCGUGGGGUGAGACAGACAAUGUUGUUCAGUGCUACAUUUCCUAGGGAGAUCCAGAGACUCGCAGCUGAUUUUCUGUCAAACUAUAUAUUUUUGGCUGUGGGAAGGGUUGGUUCAAGCACUGAUUUAAUCACCCAAAGGAUUGAGUAUGUCCUUGACACUGACAAGAGAAGCCAUCUCAUGGACCUGCUUCAUGCACAGAGAGACACCCAAGACAAGCAAUCAUUGACAUUGGUUUUUGUGGAGACGAAGAGAGGAGCUGACUCUUUGGAGAAUUGGUUGUGCAUGAAUGAGUUUCCUGCAACCUCCAUUCACGGCGAUAGAACACAACAGGAACGAGAAGUGGCGCUGAGGUCUUUCAAAAGUGGGAGGACACCCAUAUUGGUUGCAACAGACGUGGCAGCACGUGGUCUUGACAUUCCACACGUGGCUCAUGUAGUGAACUUUGAUCUACCAAACGACAUCGACGACUAUGUUCACAGAAUCGGACGAACAGGGCGUGCAGGCAAAUCUGGAGUAGCAACCGCCUUCUUCAACGAUAACAAUGCAUCACUGGCUAGACCGCUCGCUGAGCUAAUGCAAGAAGCCAACCAAGAGGUGCCUGAGUGGCUCACGCGAUACGCUUCACGUGCUUCUUUUGGUGGUGGUAAAAAACGGUCUGGUGGUCGGUUUGGUGGCCGUGACUUCAGAAGGGAAGGUGGCUAUGGCGGUGGUGGCGGUGGCGGAGGAGGCUAUGGAGGUGGUGGCGGAGGUUGUGGCGGUGGUGGCGGGGGAGGCUAUGGCGGUGGUGGCGGAGGAGGAGGCUAUGGUGGUGCUCCAAGUGGUGGGUAUGGUGCAGGAGUGACCAGCGCUUGGGAUUAG